AAGCAGACGGUUUCAGUCGCAAACGGACGCUCAACGAGUACACAUCUCGGUGGUUGAAAAUACCCAGAAAACCAAACGUUCUUAAUAUUAUAUAGCAAAAUAAUAUAGAAGCAGCAGCAGCAACAGCUAAAGUCACAGCUCACAUCAACUACCUAAGCGCUUUUUCUGUUGAAAACUGCCAGCCAUCCAGCCUGCCCGAUUGAUUGUAUAGUUAACCGGCACAGCGUGCACAUUUGUGUAGCAAACAAGAAAAUAAUAAAGUAUCUAUCAUCUACUUACCUAUAGCUAGCUAGUAGUGAGCCGCCUGCUUGCCUACCCGCUUUCGCAUUAGAGCGAUAGAGAAGACAAGCGUUAUUCGCUAUUUAGUUUAUUGUCUUCGUCCUCGUUGUUGGACCGAAGUUUUUUUGGUCUCAUCUGUACGCCUUCGGUCGGCUACGAAUGGUUGGUUGGUGUUGUUGUGACCCACUGUAGAUACAGAUAGAGAUACAUUUACGUAUAAAGUAUCUGCGCAACAACCAACGAGCAACGAGCAGAACAACUAAUAACUAACAACUCAGCACAGAACGAACAUUGAAAUAACAUUCAGAAGUUAAAUACACAUCGCAUUGGGCAGUCUGAAACAGUGUGUCUGUGUGGUUCGUAGUGAGAGGAUCUUCAUCGCUAUUUGUGCGUGUCUCGUGUUAAAGCAAAUUAAAUAAAUUUGUAAAAUUACAAUUAAAACAAAAGUACCGUGAACGCAGUUAUAUAAUUUAUAAAAAAAGUAAAAUAUAUUUACUAAUUUAACAAAAUACAGAACAAAUCAAAUAAAAUGUCAGCAGCCACAGAACAAAAUAAUGGCGAUGUCGCCGUUGAGAAAGUUGCCGUUGAUGCGGCAGCAGCCGUGAAGGAGGAUCUCAAAAAGCCUGUCGUCGAUGAAACAGUAGCGGCUGCUGAUAAUGGCACAGCGUCAAAGGGUGGUGCCGAUGAGGAGGAAUCUCCUGAUGCCGCCAAUGAAGCCGCCGCACCCGUCAAGGAGCAUGUGAAAGGAACAAAACGGCCUGCCGAAGCAAAAUCCGCCGAAUCAAAGAAGGCCAAAAAAGAAAAGGCCGCUGAUGCUGACUCAGAGGAUGAUGAAAUUAUAGAAGAGGUCAUUGAGGGAGAUAGCGAUAUUGAUAGUGAUGAAUAUGAUCUCCCCUACGAUGGAUUCGAGGAGGAGGAACCCGAGUGUGACGAUGAUGACGACGAUAACGACGAUGGAUCCGGCUCUGACGAUCAGGCGUAAUAAUAAUGUAGUAGUCAAAAACCAUUUAAAUUAAAAAAAAAUCAUAAAAAUGCAAGAAAACUUAAAAACAGUAAAACAAACAAAAAAUGUAAUAACACAAAACAAACAAACAUGAUGAGAAGAAAAGAAGUAUAUAAUUAUUAUGUUAAGAAAUACUUUUUUAUUUCUUAUUUUAUUUUAAUUGUAUUAUGUGUAAUUUUUUUUAUAAAAAAAUAAGAGAUAUGACGAUGAUCAACAAAAAGGCAAAAAACCCACAAACUGCAUAAUUUUUUCCUUUACUCUUAAGUCAUACGUAUAUUAUCAUUUAAAUAUAUAUAUACAUACAUAUAUAAAUAUAUAAACAACUUAAGCGUAAUGAUGAAAAGAUGAGUUAAAUAAAAAUUAAAUAAUAAUACACAAAUAAUAAAAUAACAAUAAUAAUGAGAUGAAAAUGAUGAACACAAAUUACAACAAUAGCAAUUAGAAACGUUACAAUUGAGUAAAAAAUACAAAAACAUGAAAAGUAUUUAAAUAAAAGAAAAUUAUGUGAAAAAAUUUAAAAA